AUGGGUAUCGAGGAGAAGGAAAGGAAGAUCCGCAAACGCAACGACAAAAAGUUCGUUUUUGACUGGAAUGCGGACGAUGAUACCUCAAGAGACCUGAAUCCGAUUUAUACGCACCGACACAGUGCUCAAUUGUUCGGCCGUGGUCAUUUUGCAGGAAUUGAGCUCAAAGACAACAAGUCAAGGGACCAAUUCUAUGAUAAGCUAGUGGCAUCUCGGCGAACUGAUGCCGAAGUUGCGCGUGCUGGCGAGCUGGGAGAUAUUGCCGCACAAAAGGAGCGCAAGGUUAACUAUGCGGAUCGCCACUGGUCCGAAAAGCCCUUGGAUCAAAUGCGAGACAGAGAUUGGCGUAUCUUUAAGGAAGAUUUCAACAUCGCAUGCAAAGGUGGAAGCAUACCCAACCCUAUCCGUCGCUGGAGCGAAUCCGGUAUCGAUCCAAAGAUUCUGGAGGUCAUUGAGAAGGUUGGAUACAAGGACCCGACACCCAUUCAACGACAGGCGAUUCCCAUCGGACUGCAGAACCGCGAUAUUAUCGGUAUUGCAGAGACAGGAUCUGGUAAAACGGCUUCGUUCUUGAUCCCAAUGCUGCACUUCAUUUUCGACCUGCCAAGGCUCAACGAACAAAACAUGGUCCACGGUCCAUAUGCCCUCAUCAUGGCGCCCACACGCGAAUUGGCCCAGCAGAUCGAGCAGGAGACGCUCAAAUUUGCCGUUCCCCUCGGUUUCAACUGUGUUUCGAUUGUCGGAGGACACGCAGUAGAGGAGCAGGCAUUCAACCUCAGAAACGGAGCCGAAAUUAUUAUUGCAACACCCGGUCGUCUCAAGGAUUGUUUGGAUCGUCGCAUUUUGGUACUGAACCAGUGUACCUACGUGGUUAUGGACGAAGCUGACAGGAUGAUUGACUUGGGUUUCGAACCCGAUGUUAAUUUUAUUCUGGACGCACUACCAGUCUCGAACCUGAAGCCCGACACAGACGAGGCAGAGGAUGCAUCCAAAAUGACUAUGGCGAUCGACAAGGACUCGAGCAAGAAGUACCGCCAAACAACCAUGUUCUCGGCAACAAUGCCACCCGCAGUCGAGCGACUCGCCAAGCGAUAUCUCAGACGACCAGCUGUGGUUACCAUCGGUACCGCUGGUCAGGCUGUCGAGACUGUUGAGCAGCGCGUGGAGAUGAUUACGGACGAGAACAAGAAGAAGAACCGACUUAUGGACCUGCUGAAGGGACAAUUUGCCCCUCCUAUGAUUGUGUUUGUAAACCAGAAGAAGAGCUGCGACAUGCUUGCCAAAAUGAUCAGUAGCUCUGGGCUUCGUGCGACAACCCUGCACGGAGGUAAAUCUCAGGAGCAGCGUGAGCUCGCACUCUCCCAGCUCAAAAGCGGGAAGAGCGACGUUCUUGUGGCGACCGAUGUCGCUGGUCGUGGUAUCGAUGUGCAGAACGUGUCCCUGGUCGUCAAUUUUGAUAUGGCCAAAAACAUUGAGGAUUACACCCAUCGUAUUGGUCGUACCGGUCGUGCAGGACGGUCUGGUGUUGCUGUUACCUUUCUUUCAAGCUAUGAUACGGAUGUGUACUAUGAUCUCAAGCAGAUGCUGACAAAGUCGACCUUGGCGACCGUGCCCGCGGAGCUCAGAAAUCACGAAGCGGCUAUGACGAAGGGCGGUAUCGGUGGCCGCAGACGAGCCAACGACGAGUUCUAG